AUGAUAAACGAUAAGAAAAUCUAAGAUUAAACUACUACAAAAAUCUUACCUGAAGAAAAAUUUGACAUUGAUUCCAUUACUUAAUAAUAAUAAACUCCAAGCUUAAACAUUAAAUGUAAUAUACAUGGAAAAAAGAUUAUUCUACUGAACUUAGAUCCUAAUUAAGUUUUUCAUUUUAGAAAAGUUUGUAUUGACUGCAUUUGUGAAAAUGAUCCGAUCAAAUAUACAUCCUUAAAUGAAGCUGAUAAAAAGAUGGAAAGAAUAUAAAGGAUAAACUUAAAAUUUCAUAAAAGAGUAUAUUAAAAAGAAUAUUUUAAUAAUAAUAAAUUUUUAUAAUACUAGAAAAUAUUCGAGAUAUAUUUUAUUUAUCCAAAAUAAUUAUUAAUUUAUUUAUUUUAAUGUAAAUAUUCUUCUUGUUUAAAUGAAUAAAUUAAUAAGUUAAAAAAAUUAUAUUACCUCAUCGUGAUUUAGCAGAAGAUAAAUUGA